AUGGAUUCAAGUGAGAAUCCGAAACGUCAGGCGAAUAAAGCCCUUGUUCCAGCGAUCGCUUCUUCUGCUGAUCAGGCUUCGUCUUCUGAAGUAAAUCGUAUCGCCGCCAAAGCCAAACGCGAGGCUUGCAGAUCACAACUGCUUCGUCUCCUUAGUGCCUACCACCCGACGCUUUCAACAUGCCCGAUCUGCCAACGCGCAUUCCGCGCACGAAUCGGUCUCGCUGGACACCUUCGGACCCAAUGCGCCAUCAACCCGGCAAAGUCUACCCCUUCUACCACUCUUGCUCCUGGCAUAAACCCCGCGCCGACCACCACCCGCGUCACCGCCGAUCAUACUGUCGCUGCCCCGCCACCACCAUCCGCCCUGCCUCAGCCCCUACAUAGACCGCAGCGUCCAGUAUCACUACCACCUCGUCUUAACGCACUCCCCCCACCGAUGAGACGACGUCCGACGUCCUAUCAACUUCAAACAUCACCAACAUCCCCACCUCCAGGGAUGUGGAUUCGGUUCAUACCUGUCCUCAUUGCGUUCGCACCUUCACCUCACACAGUGGCCUGGCCGGUCACUUGUGAAUCCAUCGCACAGAGACUGGCGAACCAGUGUCUGGAGCAUCAACCUACACCCGCCGCAUUCGGCUCAACUGUCCACAGUUCACUCGCACAUUCAUGCAUCUCAUGGACCUCUUCGGACAUAUGCACGUCCACGAAAACCUGCGGUAAACAGCCGCAGGAUGCAUCGCACCAUCACAACCUCCCCAACCAUCAUCUCACCGCACAUCAAUCUCACCCACCUCAAACACCCAACCGCCAUCUCCCACGCAAGUGGGAAGCAUGCGUCUCGGUUCUUUCUCUAUGGGACCCCCCAGCUUCAUGUGUGAUCGGAGUCCAAGACUGCCACGGUUCGUCGAGCGCCGUGGCUCGGAAGGAAGCCGACUGA